CUACCGCCUCGCCUACUUACGUUUCGGAAGUAUCGCCUUUAAAGCUUCGAGGUGCGUUUGGUACUGUUAAUCAAUUAGCGGUCGCAUUUGGUCUCGUUGGAGCACAGAUUUUGGGAAUCGAUGUUAUCUUAGGAAGUAACGAUGGGUGGCCACUUUUGCUUGGAUUGGCAGUGUUUCUAUCUGCUUUGCAAUGUUUAAUGCUGCCGUUCGCGCCGGAAUCACCUCGGUACGUAUUACUGGUGCAAAGGAAUGAGGAAGAAGCGAGGGCGCUACUAGCUAAGAUCAGAGGAACUGGUAAUAUCGAUGAUGAAAUCAAUGAAAUGCAUGAAGAGGACAGAGCUGCGAAACAAGAAGAAAAAUUCAGUAUUGGAGAUUUGUUCAGAAUAAAGGCUCUACGGACGCCUCUAAUAAUUGGGAUCGUUAUGCAUUUGUCUCAACAAUUAGGUGGUAUUAACGCAGUGUUAUAUUAUUCUUCCACAAUCUUCGAGAAUGCUGGUUUAACUGUCGAAAAUGCUAGAUUAGCUACUAUCGGUGUUGGAAGUAUUCUGUUUAUAAUGGCGUUGGUGUCUAUCCCGUUGAUGGAUCGUCUAGGGAGGCGUACGUUGCAGCUGUGGGGUCUUGGUGGAAUGGCAUUAGCUUCAGUUCUCAUGACAAUUGCAUUCUACACGUACAAAGACAAUUUUACUAUGAGCAUUUUGGCUGUAAUUUUCACAUUGUUUUACGUCGCGUUCUUCGGUGUUGGUCCGAGCUCAAUUCCUUGGAUUAUCCUCUCGGAGUUAUUUGGCCAAGGCGCCAGAAGCGCUGCUGUCAGUGUUGGCGCUGCUGUCAAUUGGUUUGCAAACUUCAUAGUCGGUCUCGUUUUCAUUCCACUCACCAAUCUGUUGGGCAAUCUCGUGUUUUUGCCAUUCACGAUACUCUUGAUCUUUUUCUACGUGUUCGUUUACUUCAAACUACCGGAGACGAAGAAUAAAACUAUCGAAGAAGUUACUGCUGUUUUUAAGAAAUAGUAUAAGUUCAACAUUCCUUUAAGUGUAAUUUGCAAUAGCUACCACUUGUGAUAGUUGCCGUUAUUGAGUUUGACGGAUAUCUUUUAAGGUUAUGUGAUUAUUGGUUGCUAAUAUUCGGUUGACAUCUUCGUUGUUUGUAUUUGGAUCGUGGAUUUACACGAAGCGCCUUUACGAGAAUAUUGUUCUCUCUCUAUUUUCAUUGACAGUGAAAGGGAUGGCAGUGUUAUUUGUACUGGUGUUCCGACAAUUGAAAGUCGUGGUAAGAAUGUUGUAAUCUUGCCCAAGAAUUAUUAAGAUGUCGAGAAUCGAAGGAUUAUGAACAAACGUUUUAAAUUUGUACCAACUCGUCGAAUCGCAUAAUAUUAGGAAGACUGACACUUUAUUUAUUUCUAAUCUACAGGAUAUUAUUAAAGUACUUAUUCCAGUAAAUUUAACGUAAAAUAUAUUAAUAUUUGAGGAGUGUUUGUUCCUUAUUGAAGAGAUGUAGAAAUGACAAAAUGUAUGUCUAAAUUAAAGUUUGUAUUUUAGAUAUAAAAUUUAGUAUUUCAUGACUUUGUAACUAAGUUUCUGAAUUCAUUUUAAGUAAAACUUUGCAAUAACAAUAAUUUUAUGGUUUGUGGACCAUUUUCUAUAAUUCGUUUUUUUAAGAUUUUUCAUUAGUAUAAUUUUUAAUUACGUUUUAUAUUAUCAAGAUUUCUAUAGUGCCUUAAAUUAUUUUGUUAUUUUUAACCUUUCUAAGAUAUUUGUUAUUUCUGUUAUUUAACAUAUAAACAAAUCAUAUAAAUCUAUUAUUAUGUAGAUUCCUACCGUCCUAGUGUACUUUAGUGCCAACUUUAUUUGCUUAGAUUAUAAGGUUUUUUUUAAAGCACUCCAAUUACACUCUCCACUAGAAAUGUUUAAAGAAAAUCUAAGUUAACUACACUUAGCACUUAGUGAUGUCGUUUAGUGUUUUUUUCAAUAAUUACAUUCUUCAAUACAAUGGUUUAAUUCAUACAAAAACUGAGGCACAAUCGUUUUUAAAACUGUGGACUAUUUAUAUCCCAUUCCUUAGUACUGUAAUAAUGUCUUAUUUAUAAGAAAUCGAUUUAGUUUUUUUUUCAUAAUUUGAAGUAUAUUUUUUGGAGUUUUAUUUUGAUUCUAUUUUCAACUGUAAUAUAAAGGACAGCAAACAAAAGUAUUGCAAUUGUUCGCUCAUUUGUCGUAUAAAUUAGAAAAAUCAUUCAACGGAGUAUUUGUUUAAUUUCAACGAGUUAACUUUACAGUUAAGUUUUUAUAUAAUUUAUAAAUUAAACAGCUUUAUGAAUUGUAAAUCAAAUAUAUUGUAGAGUUGCUCGAAUAUCUGCAUAUUUAUUCAUAUAUAAUUUUCUACACACGUAUUUCUACUGCCUAUUUUAGAAUAACAUGAUAUUUACUUAUUUUAUAGAACUAUGUAAC